CGGUGCCCACAAAGCGCCAGCUGCGAGGCCGCUGCGGGCCGAGCGCCGCGGAGCCCCCCGCGCCCCCGCCGCGCCCCCCAGCCGCCCAGCCGCCGGGGGCCACCCCGCCACGCAGCGCCAUGGCCGAGGCGGCCCCCGCUCCGACCCCCGAGUGGGACUCCGAGUGUCUCGCCUCCCUGCCGCCCCUGCCCACGCCCCCCGCCUCCAGCGACGCCCACCUGCAGACCGCGGCCAUCUCGCUGUGGACCGUGGUGGCCGCCGUGCAGGCCGUGGAGAGGAAGGUGGAGGCGCACAGCCGGCGGCUCCUGCACCUGGAGGGCCGCGCGGGCGGCGCCGAGAAGAAGCUGGCGGACUGCGAGAAGACGGCGGCCGCGCUGGGCCACCAGCUGGAGGGCAAGUGGGCGGUGCUGGGCACCCUGCUGCAGGAGUACGGGCUGCUGCAGCGGCGCCUGGAGAACAUGGAGAACCUGCUGCGGAACCGCAACUUCUGGGUGCUGCGCCUGCCGCCCGGCAGCAAGGGCGACGCCCCCAAGGUGCCGGUGACGCUCGAUGACAUCUCCAUCUGCUUUCCCACGCCCGAGUGGGAGAAGCUGGAGGAGUGGCAGAAGGAGCUGCACAGGAACAUCGCGAAGGGCGGCUCCGAGCCGCUGGCCCCCGAGGAUUACGCCAUGAACCCGCCGGAUGUCCUGUCUCAGAUGCAGCCCGAGGGAGAGUGUGGGUCAGAGGCCCCGGCAGGCCCCGAGGGAGCCGAGAUCCCAGCCCAGCCCACAGAAGAACCUGGCCUCUCCACGUCAGACAUCCUGUCCUGGAUUAAACAGGAGGAAGAGCCUCCGGCCGGGGCCCCUCCGGAGCCCCCCGAGAGUGACGUCUACAAAGGCACCUUUGCUGACGGAGAGCUGGUCAUUAAAUCCGAAGGCCUGGCCACGGCCCCCCUGUGCCCCGAGGGCCCCGCCACCUUCUCGUCCCCACCCGACCCCGCGGCCAAGGACACCUUCCCGGACGUGGCUUUCAAAGGCCCGCCGUCUGCGCCCAUGGCCCCGUUCGGACACCCGGGCCCCGAGCUGGCCGAGGCCCCCGAGGGCCAGGUGACCUUCACGCAGCUGGGCGGCUUCCCGCUCCCCGCGCCGGCCGCCGAGCCGCUGCUCUCGUGCCCGCGCUGCGGCAAGGGCCUGCGCCAGGACGCGCUGCCCAGCCACCAGUGCGGCCCCGCGGCCGGGCCGGGCCUGCCCUGCGCCCAGUGCCCCAGGCGCCUCCCCGCGCAGCCGGCCGCGGGCCCGGGGCCCGAGGCGCCGCCCACCUGCCCACACUGCGCCCGGACCUUCACGCACCCGUCGCGCCUCACCUACCACCUGCGCGUGCACAGCAGCGCCGAGCGCCCCUUCCCCUGCCCCGACUGCCCCAAGCGCUUCGCCGACCCCGCGCGCCUGGCCGGCCACCAGCGCGCGCACGCCAGCGAGCGCCCCUUCCGCUGCCCGCAGUGCGGCCGCAGCUUCAGCCUCAAGCUCAGCCUCCUGCUGCACCAGCGCGGCCACGCGCAGGAGCGGCCCUUCUCCUGCCCGCAGUGCGGCAUCGACUUCCACGGCCACUCGGCGCUCAUCCGCCACCAGAUGAUCCACACGGGCGAGCGGCCCUACCCGUGCCCGGACUGCAGCAAGAGCUUCAUGCGCAAGGAGCACCUGCUCAACCACCGGCGCCUGCACACGGGCGAGCGGCCCUACCCCUGCGCGCACUGCGGCAAGAGCUUCAUCCGCAAGCACCACCUGCUCAAGCACCAGCGCACGCACACGGGCGAGCGGCCCUACGCCUGCGCCGCCUGCGGCAGGCGCUUCCGCUACAAGCAGACCCUCAAGGACCACCUGCGCGCCGGCCACGCCGGGGGCUGCGGCGCGGACGGGCAGCUCGCGGGGCAGCCGCCCGACCCGCCCGGGCCGCCGCCCCUGGACGGCCUCGAGACCGCGGGGCUGGGGGGCAGCGCCCCGGACCUGGAGGCCGGGCCCUGGUACCGGGAGGGGAGCGCGGGGGGCGCCCUGUAGCCGCCCUGGCGUGGGGGGACCCGCACUCACAGCCCCCCCCCACUCCCCAGGGGCGGCCCCUGCCCUCACCGGACCAGCCGUGGCCCAUUGACCAGCCUGGCAUUUCUCACCCUCAGCAGCACGCCCCGUUUUGAACCCGGGAAAGCCGGGAAGGUGGCCACGCGUGCAUCUCUCCGCCGUGGCUGCCCACGUGAGGUCCCCCACCAUCGCGCCCCCCCUCCCCCGUGCGGUUCAUCGCAGCCCCGGGAGAGGGGCGGGGGGGGGGGAGCCCAGGAGAAGGACCCCAGCCGUGACCCUGGCAAGGCAGGGACCGCUGAGGGCCGCUCAGGAAUUCCUGGGGUUGGCGAGCAAGCGGCCGCCUCAGCCCCUGCUCCUGCCCCCCUGCCCUGCCUCCCUGGGGGCAUCGUCUCCAGCACCUGAAGGACCACCCGCUCCCAGGCGCUGACUCCAAACUGGCCGCCUUCCCUGGUUCCCGCGGCCAGUUCUCACGUGGGGGAGGAGCGCCCGGAGUCUAAGGCUCCUUGAGGGACGUCCAUCCUGGAGCUGCUGGCACCCUCGGGGUCAGGCCCUGGUGUAGAACCCAGAGCCGGGAAGGCCACUUCUUGCUGCAUUUACACUCAGGUCCCAUCUCCCCGCCGCAGCCUGUCCAGCCCCCGUGUGAGGGUCCUGCCCGGCCCUUUCCCGGGACCUUUGCUUCUGGGUUCUCAUUCCCGAGGCCUCCAAGGCCCCCAACACCCGGGUUUGCCGGCAGUCACCAAGCACUAAGCACCUCUCCCUGACCUGGCCGCUGUGUUGCUCUUAGCACCAGGCCUCGGCCACACGUGUCCGUUGUGAGGGUCCUUCGGAGCAGGGCCUGUCCCCUCCGUGGCUUUGCAGUCCUUCGCCCUGACAGAUCUCAAAUUCUCCUCUGCGAAUUGAGGCCCUGCGAGGGAAAACACGGCGCCUCCCGAAAUAAAGUAUUUAAGGAGCUCGCGCUGCGUUCCUGCCGGGAUCUCUCUCUGGCCCCCGGCCGGGAAAGGCCCAACAGGGUAGUGCCAACACUCGA